AUGAUUCGUAACAGACGUCCCAAUGCAAUCGACACACGAGCUGGCAGUCGUGAACCCUCCCCGCUGCUCGAACCAGCCACUCCCGCACACACGUUUUUCGGCUAUCAGGUGUCCAAAGGAGCCUUUGGGAGAUAUGUCAAGCUGGCUGUUUGCGCAAUUGCACUCAUCAGCAUCAGCGUCGUAGUCACCCGCAGCGAAUUGGGACAGGACAUGACUGCGGAUGUCUUCAACUACAUGCUUCCAUUCAACUAUACUGGAGCCAAGGUGAUGACUGAUCUAUGGGUUGUCGAUACUGCACCCAUCUCUCUGGACCUUACUGCUCUCGAGCAAUCCCGCAACGAUAGCCUGGUCGCAAUCAGCAACAUUACCAAUCUUCUCCACGAUCCACUGUGGUCUACCAUCAACGACACCCUUGGCUCAUCGGUACUGUAUCAACACACUUUAGUUCUCAACGCCACGAAGGCCAUCGAAGAGAAAGUUUCCAGCUUCGACACCCUACGCGUGGGCAAACUCACACGCGCCCGCAAAGACUACUGCUACGGCACACACAGUCUUAUCGCCAAACAAAGCAUUACCAUCCGCCGUAUAUGGGUCAAGGGCGAGCAGAACAAGCGGUACAAAGAAUCUGUUUGUAGUCUUUUCAAUGAGCACUACCGUCUGCUAUCGUCGAUGAGACAUAUACAUAUGGACCUGUACAAGGAUGCAUGGACGACGUGGAAUAUGGCGCGACAGAUGGUGGCACAUAUGGAGCAUCUCUUCCACAGCAAGUUAUACUGUGCGACGAAUGUUCCAGUGGGAGUGUCGCCCGAUAUGACCAAAUGUCCAGAGAUCGACCAGGUCACGUUUUAUGAACUCGCGUCCCACUAUGUCAACGAUGAAGUAGCAUCAGCUAUUGAAAACCUGCAUGAUCAGCUCAAGGAGCUCACCGAGUUACUUGAGGAAUCUGUGGAAUAUCUCCACCAAGCAACCGCGUCGUACAUUGCUCGAUUCAAGCUUCUGCGUCUACACGAGGUGCGAAACCUACGGCGUUGGCAGUGCGAAGGUUGGGAUGUAAUCGAGCGGGAAGACCAUGCUAUCAUUAACGAAAUGAAUGCCAAUAUUGGGAAGGAGGUUAGUGACAUGCAGGCUGAGUACAGAAACGCUUCUUGGCUGGUUGGCAAUGACCUGACAGAGGUGGAAAAGAAGCUGAGGGACGCAAACUUCGUGGUGGUGUUCUUGGAGAAGCUAAUCAAUGCUGCUCUUAGCGAUGGAUGCGAGUAA